GUUGUUCCUGUGGGCGGGGCGAGUUGCUAAGGAAAUGACUGUCCGCAGCGCCGCGCCGCGCGGCGCCGGCCGGGCGGGGUCUAGAGCGGCGCCGUUUCCGCUUCCGCUCCCUCUCUACUCCGGUCCCGUUACCGCCUCCUGGCCAGCCUCGCGCUUUUCACCGGCACCUUGUAUCGGCCGCGCAGCCCGGCCUGCUCCUGUCACGCGCGCCCCCGGGGCUCCGGCUCCGACGCCGGCACGGGUCGCGCCCCGCUCUCCUUCCCCUGAGGCUGCCGGCCAGCCGCCGCCAUGGGUGCCUACCUUUCCCAGCCUAACACGGUGAAGUGCUCCGGGGACGGAGUCGGCGCCCCGCGCCUGCCGCUGCCCUAUGGCUUCUCCGCCAUGCAAGGCUGGCGCGUCUCCAUGGAGGAUGCACACAACUGUAUUCCUGAGCUGGACAGUGAGACAGCCAUGUUUUCUGUCUAUGACGGACAUGGAGGGGAGGAAGUUGCCUUGUACUGUGCCAAAUACCUCCCUGAUAUCAUCAAAGAUCAGAAGGCUUACAAGGAAGGCAAGCUGCAGAAGGCUUUAGAAGAUGCUUUCUUAGCUAUUGAUGCCAAACUGACCACUGAGGAAGUCAUUAAAGAGUUGGCACAGAUUGCAGGGCGACCCACUGAGGAUGAAGACGAAAAAGAAAAAGUAGCUGAUGAAGAUGAUGUGGACAAUGAGGAGACUGCACUGCUGCAUGAAGAGGCUACCAUGACUAUUGAAGAGCUGCUGACACGCUACGGGCAGAACUGUCACAAGGGCCCUCCCCACAGCAAAUCUGGAGCUGGGACAGGCGAGGAACCAGGGUCCCAGGACCUCAAUGGGGAGGCAGGACCUGAGGACCCAUCUAGGGAAGCUCCUUCACAGGAAAAUGGCCCCACAGCCAAGGCCCUCACAGGCCUUUCCUCCAGCUCGGAACGUGGGACUGAGGCAGGCCAAGCUGGUGAGCCUGGCACUCCCACUGGUGAGGCUGGGCCUUCCUGCUCUUCAGCCUCCAACAAGCUGCCUCGAGUUGCUAAGUCCAAGUUCUUUGAGGACAGUGAGGAUGAGUCAGAUGAGGCGGAGGAGGAAGAGGAAGACAGUGAGGAAUGCAGUGAAGAAGAGGAUGGCUACAGCAGUGAGGAGGCAGAGAAUGAGGAAGAUGAGGAUGACACUGAGGAGGCCGAAGAGGAGGAUGAAGAAGAAGAAGAGAUGAUGGUGCCUGGGAUGGAAGGCAAAGAGGAGCCUGGCUCUGACAGUGGUACAACAGCAGUGGUGGCUCUGAUACGAGGAAAACAGUUGAUUGUAGCCAAUGCAGGAGACUCUCGCUGUGUGGUAUCUGAGGCUGGUAAAGCUUUAGAUAUGUCCUAUGAUCAUAAACCAGAGGAUGAAGUAGAGCUAGCACGCAUCAAGAAUGCUGGUGGCAAGGUCACCAUGGAUGGGCGAGUCAACGGGGGCCUCAACCUCUCCAGAGCCAUUGGAGACCACUUUUAUAAGAGAAACAAGAACCUGCCACCCGAGGAACAGAUGAUUUCAGCCCUUCCUGACAUCAAGGUGCUGACUCUGACUGACGACCAUGAAUUCAUGGUCAUUGCUUGUGAUGGCAUCUGGAAUGUGAUGAGCAGCCAGGAAGUUGUAGACUUUAUUCAAUCAAAGAUCAGCCAGCGUGAUGAAAAUGGGGAGCUUCGGUUAUUGUCAUCCAUUGUGGAAGAGCUGCUGGAUCAAUGCCUGGCACCAGACACUUCUGGGGAUGGUACAGGGUGUGACAACAUGACCUGCAUCAUCAUUUGCUUCAAGCCCCGAAACACAGCAGAGCUCCAGCCAGAGAGUGGCAAGCGGAAACUAGAGGAAGUGCUCUCUACUGAAGGGGCCGAAGAAAAUGGUAACAGCGACAAGAAGAAGGCCAAGCGGGACUAGCAGUCAUCCAGACCCCUGCCCACCUAGACUGUUCUGAGCCCUCCGGACCUGAGACUGAGUUUUGUCUUUUUCCUUUAGCCUUAGCAGUGGGUAUGAGGUGUGCAGGGGGAGCUGGGUGGCUUUACUCAGCCCAUUCCAAAGAGGGCUCUCCUUCCACACAGCAGCCUGGGAGCCUCUGCUGUCCUCCCCAACCGCCUACAUGCUCCUUGGGCUCAUCACCGGUUCUGUGCCUGUGCUCUAUUGUGUUGGAGGGAAGGACUGGCGGUUCUGGUUUUUACUCUGUGAACACUUUAUUUAAGGACAUUCUUUUUUAUUGGCGGCUCCAUGGCCCCCUGCCGCUUGCACCCGCUCUCUGUUGUACACUUUCAGUCAACACUUUUUCAGACUAAAGGCCAAAACCUAA